AUGGCAAGCAAAGUAAAACAUGACACACCAGGCACCGAGCCUGAGACGAUGGUGCUUCGCAAAUUCGGAAUCAAUGAGACGUACCAACUGGCCAUGUAUCUAUUGGACCAGUACCGUGGUACCAUUCUAUCUUGCCGCUAUGAGAUCCCACCGCGUCUUGCACCAGCAGAGUCUCGAACCCAGCUGGAGGAGACAAUCAAGGUCGCUGUCGUGGACACCAUCAUGAGACACCCGAUGCUGCAAGUGGGCAUGAUAGAUGCCACCGCCAAGACGCCCUCGUGGAUCCAGCUGCAGAAUCUCGAUUUAAGCCAGCAUAUCAACUGGGUUCAUCUCACGGAACAGGACAACUUUGAACGCGCGGUGCAAGAUACCUUCAGCACCCAGCUCGAUGAGCAUUUCCCAGACCUUUCUAUCCGGCAACCGGGUUGGAAGCUCACCGUCAUUCGGCAAGGGGAUGCUCCCCUCAUGGAGGCCCUGCUCACUUGGAAUCACCCCCAGUUCGACGCCAUGGGCGCCAAAGUCUUCCACGAAGAUUUGAUCGAGAUGCUCAAUGCGGACAGCGCGUCAUCCACCGAGAGGACAGGCUUGGAUGGCAAUGUCCUCGCACUGCCCCAAGCGCGCCCCUUACUCCCAACCCCGAUCGAGGGCUUAAAGAGCCUCCCCGUUGAUUUGAAACACCUCGUCAAGGCAUUCUGGGAGGAAACUCGGCUCUAG